CAUUUUGCGAAAGAGGUCAUUUUCGCGGCGUCACAUUUCGUGUGCUCUCCCAGGGCCAAUGGGCCCAUAUGGGCAUUGGCUUGCAAGCGCCCUGGCCCCUUGGUCUCUAGCUGCCCGCUGGCCAGCAGGGACCGUUAUGGAGGGGUCAGAAGAGCAGUAGCUGCAAGACUACUGCUUCCAGAGACCAGCAAAAAGUCGUCACGUUCUUGCAAGUAGAUUGCACUUCGCCUUCAAGUUGGUAACUUGGUCGGACGUGCUUCUCAACAGCAGGACGCCAUCUGCAGCAAGCAACCAGCACCACCCGCGCAGCCGACAGCUAUAAAUCUGUGCCCUGUUCCUGCAUUUGCAACCAACAACAGCUUUCCACCUUUUCACCUUGCACGCCGCUUCCAACAGCCAGUCCUUUGCCUCCAUCUUGUCAACCCCUUUUCGGAACCUCUCAGUUUUGCCAAGAUGUCUUGCGCUAUCCCCUCAGGAUCUGACGCUUAUGCCAAGUUGUACCCUGAGACCUCUAGCGAUGGGGUGCUCCGCCUGGGCAACAUUGUCCCUGACUUCUCCGCAGAAACCACCAAGGGCCCCAUGCCCAGCUUCCACAAGUGGAUUGACGGCCACUGGGCAAUCCUCUUCUCCCACCCUGCUGACUUCACUCCGGUGUGCACCACCGAGAUUGGGAGACUGGCGCUAAAGUACGACUACCUGAGCUCCAUUGGUGUGAAGCUGGCCACUCUCUCCUGCGAUCCGGUGAGCAGCCACACCAAGUGGCUGGAGGAUGUGGUGGCGCACUGCGAGAACAAGAUCACGAUCGACUUCCCCAUCAUCGCUGACCCCACGCGCGAGAUCAGCGUUAAGUAUGGCAUGCUGGACCCCACCAUCAAGGACAAGGAGGGCCUGCCCCUCACCUGCCGCGCCGUCUUCAUCGUCGGCCCCGACAAGAAGCUGAAGCUGUCUUUGAACUACCCUGCCUCUGUUGGACGUAACAUGGACGAGAUUGUCCGUGUGACUGACGCCCUCAUGCUUUCGGCCAAGCACUCCAUCGCUCUCCCCGCCAACUGGCCCAACAACCACGAGAGCAUCGGCAUGAAGGGCUCCGCGUUUUUGCUGCCCACUGUAACCAAGGAGGACGCGCAAAAGCACUUCCCGGGAUACAAGACAUGCGCGGUGCCUUCAGGCGUGGAGUACCUCCGCCUCACCAAAAUCGAGGACCUAAAGUAGAGUCGGGUCUAUCUAAAGAAGUCGCAUUUGUUAAAUAGUGUGUCGUCGGUCAUGUCUCUUAAGCCUACAGACUGUAUAGAUAUGCUGCCGAUAUGUGAGACGUGCAAGUUGAGUUGUGAAGUAGAGAAUUGCAUUAGAAGCGAGCCACCUCGAACCGGUCUCGAAGGAUAUGUUCGGAAACUCGAUGGAAAUAAUCUACCUUUAUAAGCGGGGCUGCACGGACGUGAGGUUUAUCUCAUCAUCAUCAAUAAAACAGAGUUGCGAAAUUCGACUCCUAAGUUCGGCUCCUUAAUGAAAGUCAUGAGAGG